AUGACAUCACUAGAUUCUGAUGACGUCAUCCAAAUGGUGCCUAAGAGACUACCACAUGAUCAUCCAUUGGCAGAUCGUACUGAGUUGAUGGGAAAUGAUCUGAAAUUGAUAUGUGCUAAACCAGACUGUUUGUCGAACCCUUGUCUUCAUGGAAGCACUUGUACGGAAACAUAUGAUGGGUAUGAGUGCCUGUGCUCGGUCUGCAGUUCUGGUAACCAAUGCCAAGACAAGUUAUUGAAAGACUGUUCCGAGAUAUACGCUUCAGGUGAGAGGAUAAGUGGAGUAUACAAGAUUUGCCCCGGCUCUAACGUGGAAGAUAAAGAACCGAUUGACGUCUAUUGCAACAUUGAUGAAGAUGGUGGAUGGCUAGUCUUUCAGCGUCGCCAGGACGGCACUGUAGACUUUUAUCAAAACUGGGCUGCAUACAAGAAUGGCUUCGGUGAUUUAGAGGCAGAGUUUUGGCUUGGUAAUGAUAUCAUUCAUCGCAUCACAUACCAAGGAAAUUAUACGCUCCGUAUAUACAUGGUGGACCUAAACGGGCAAUCAUCGACGGCAUUGUAUAACAACUUUCGUGUGGCUAAUGAGAGUGAAGGUUAUCGCCUAAAAGAUCUCACAUACAACGCAACUUCUUCAAAUGGAGGUUCGAUUGUGCUUCUUAAGCCCACCGCAUUCUAUAAUGAUCUUCCUCCGAUCCAAUUUUCGAAGAAUGGCAAUUAUAUUUUAUAUUAG